AAGCCCCCUUUUAAUCUGUAUAAGAUCCACACCCCUGGGAUAGAGUGAUUGCAGAAACUGUCUUUUCUCUCUCAGAGACCAAGAUAGAGACCCAGGCUCCUCCAGGAAAGUGAGACCACCAUGGCUCCGAAGUCCCUGGUCCUGCUGCCAUGGCUGGUCUUGGUGCUGCUGGUGCUGGGGUGGGUCCAGCCUUCCCUGGGCAGGGAAUCGCCGGCCAUGAAGUUCCAGCGGCAGCACAUGGACUCCGGCAACUCCCCAGGCAACAACCACAACUACUGCAACCAAAUGAUGAUGCGCCGACAAAUGACCCAGGGUCGGUGCAAGCCGGUGAACACCUUUGUGCACGAGUCCCUGGAAGAUGUCAAGGCCGUCUGCUCCCAGAAAAACGUCCUCUGCAAGAAUGGGCGGCCCAACUGCUAUAAGAGCAACUCCGCCAUGCGCAUCACAGACUGCCGCCAGACGGGCAGCUCCAAGUACCCCAACUGUGCCUACAAUACCAGCCAGGUGGAGAAACACAUCAUCGUGGCCUGUGAGGGGGACCCGUAUGUGCCAGUCCACUUUGACGGUUCUGUGUAGGUCUCUACCUGAAGCCAGAGAUGCCCCACCUCAUCACCUCUCCCCCUCUUGCUUCCUUGCCCUGCAGGCAAGAACUCAAGUUUAGUUAGGGCUCUUAUCUUCCCCCCCCUCCUCCGCACAAGCACAUGCUUCCCUGGCUUGAGGGCAAUAACUCAAGUUAAUUAGGGCUCUUAUCCAACACACACACACACACACACACACGUGCGCCCCUGGCCUGAGGCUUGCCCCUGCGUGGCUUGGGGGGUGAGGAGAGGGUUGUGAGAUGGGGCCUAUGUUAACCACUUCACUGCUUCUUUCAAUAAAACACAGUUGCAACCACUUGAA